AGGAAGGCGGAGGUGGUGGGGAGGCUCAAGGCGCCGGAGGAGGCGGCUGCACUCCUCGCCGCUUUUUUGCAGAACCCAAAUGCCGUGCAGGAGCUAAGAUCUGACAAUCAGUACAAUCUCCAAACGCAAUAAAAAAUAAUAUCUGAUUAAAAUAGAGAAAUAUUUAAAGAGUUUGAAGUAAGAAGCUUUUUAAAAGUGAUAGAUAAAAUAACAAAAGUAGAUUGUUUAGCUAAAAUUUGGAGAAAAUUUAGAGAGCUCGUUAGGGAUGCUCUCAUUUUACUUCUUAGUCUUCUCUUAGCUUCCGCUCCAGGCGCUCCUCUCUCUGUCUCCUAUUGACAAAACCUUGUCAAUGAUUCACGGUUUCGGUAUCAUCAUUUGCUCCAGCAGGCCUCUCUCUCAAAGAUUUAUGCAAUCUACUGCUACUUUUUGUUUAUGGUAAAGUUUUGUAAAGAGACCACCAAACCACAAACGAAAAUAAUCGCAGCGAAGAAACAAGAGACUUCCACCGAUCAGCAGCAGGGCAAGGUGAAUGGCAGGAAAUCACAUCCGUUGAGGCCCAAGGACAAGGGCCCAAGUUAUACCAGUAAACAUGUACACCAUGGCAUUGCCAGGUAAUCAGAAACUGAUGAUGCACAAAGCUGAGAAGAAAUAUGAGGAACAGGCAAAGCAAAGGCAAAUAAGAGCUAUUUUAAACAAACUUACUCCAACGAACUUUGAGAAACUUUUUGAGCAAGGGAAAGUAGUUAACAUUAACAAUGCUGCCACUCUAACUGGUGUUGUCUCACAGAUAUUUGACAGAGCUUUAAUGGAGCCUACUUACUGUGAGAUGUAUGUAACUUUCUCUUGUCAUCUGGCUAUUGAGUUGCCUGAUUUCAAUGAAGACAAUCAAAAGAUAACUUUUAAGAGAGUGCUUCUGAACAAGUGCCAGGAGGAAUUUGAGAGGGGGGAAAGAGAGCAAGAAGAAGAAGCUAAUAAAGCUGAUGAAGAGGGUCAGAUCAAACAGUCUGCAGAGGAAAGAGAAGAGAAGAGAGUUAAGGCUAGAAGACGAAGGUUGGGUAACAUUAGAGUAAUUGGGGAGUUGUACAAGAAGAAAAUGUUGACUGAGCGAAUAAUGCACGCAUGCUUACAGAAAUUACUGGGUCAGUAUCAGGAUCCUGAUGAAGAAGAUCUUGAAGCUUUGUGCAAAUUGAUGAGUACUAUUGGGGAGAUGAUCGACCAUCAAAAAGCUAAGGAGCAUAUGGAUGCAUAUUUUGAUAAAAUGAAGACAUUAUCCAAUAAUAUGUAUUUAUCUUCUAGGGUCAGGUUCAUGUUGAAGGAUGCAAUUGAUUUGAGAAUGAAUAAAUGGCAGCAGAGGAGAAAAGUUGAAGGGCCGAAAAAGAUUGUGGAAGUGCACAGAGAUGCUGCUCAAGAACAACAGGCACUAGUUAGCGGGUUGGGUCAUGCUUCAAGCAUAAGCCAGCCAGCAAGAAGCUAUGAUAGAUCUCUUGCAACUUCAUCGCCUGCACGAGGACAGGGGACAGCUUUUCCUCAAAAUAUUCUUUCCGAAAAGGUGUUGCCUGAAGAACGCCUUCGGCAUAUGUCCAUGGCAGCAAUUAAAGAAUUCUACAGUGCCAGAGAUGAGAAAGAAGUGGAGUUGUGCAUUAAAGAUUUGAAUUCCCCAAGCUUCCAUCCAUUGAUGGUAUCCCUAUGGGUCACAGACUCUUUUGAGAGGAAGGACAUGGAACGGGAUGUUUUGGCGAUGCUUUUGGUCAAUCUUACGAAGUCUCAGGAUGGUGUCUUGAGUCAAGCCCAGCUCAUCAAAGGGUUUGAAUCUGUUCUGACUACGUUGGAGGAUGCUGUAAAUGAUGCCCCAAGAGCUCCGGAGUUUCUUGGUCGUAUAUUUGCCAAAGUCGUCACAGAAAAUGUAAUCCCUCUGAGUGAGAUUGGGAUGUUAAUACGUGAAGGAGGAGAGGAGUCAGGUCGUCUUCGAGACUUGGGGCUUGCAGGAGAUGUUCUUGGAAGCAUUUUGGAGAUGAUAAAAUCAGAGAAAGGUGAUUAUGUCUUGAGUGAAAUCCUUACAAGCUCCAAUUUGCGUUUGGAGGAUUUUAGGCCUCUAGAUAGAUUUGCUGCUCCAGCUGCUUAUGAUCAAUUAAGUCCUCAAGAGCGAAAUGUGACUUUGGGUAACAGAGACUUAAAGAAUCCAGAUCAAAGUUAUGAUAGAUCUCUUGCAACUUCAUCGCCUGCACGAGGACAGGGAACAGCUUUUCCUCUAAAUAUUACUUCGGAAAAGGUGUUGCCUGAAGAACGCCUUCGGGCUAUGUCCAUGGCAGCAAUUAAAGAAUUCUAUAGUGCCAGAGAUGAGAAAGAAGUGGAAUUGUGCAUUAAAGAUUUGAAUUCCCCAAGCUUCCAUCCAUUGAUGGUAUCCCUAUGGGUCAUAGACUCUUUUGAGCGGAAGGACAUGGAACGGGAUAUUUUGGCGAAGCUUUUGGUCAAUCUUACGAAGUCUCAGGAUGGUGUCUUGAGUCAAGCCCAGCUCAUCAAAGGGUUUGAAUAUGUUCUGACUAUGUUGGAGGAUGCUGUAAAUGAUGCCCGAAGAGCUCCGGAGUUCCUUGGUCGUAUAUUUGCCAAAGUCGUUACAGAAAAUGUGAUCCCUCUGAGUGAGAUUGGGAUGUUAAUACGUGAAGGAGGAGAGGAGUCAGGUCGUCUUCGAGACUUGGGGCUUGCAGGAGAUGUUCUUGGAAGCAUUUUGGAGAUGAUAAAAUCAGAGAAAGGUGAUUCUGUCUUGAGUGAAGUCCUUACAGGCUCCAAUUUGCGUUUGGAGGAUUUUAGGCCUCUAGAUCCUAACAGAUCAAGAGGGUCAACGGUGUUGUCUUCCCCAAAUGCUCAUAUAGGUGGUUACCGUGGACUGCCUACUCAGGUUCGUGGUCACGGCGCUCAGGAUGUUCGGACGGAGGAAAGACUGUCUUAUGAGUCCAGGACCUUGUCAGGUCCCUUGCCGCAAAGAUCUAUUGGUGAUGAUUCUAUGGCUUUGGGACCUCAAGGUGGCCUUGGGAGAGGUAUGUCAAUUAGAAGACCACCGGCAAUGUCAAGUGCUCCUGUGGCUGAUAUACCUUCCUUGGCUGCAGACUUCAGAAGAACAGCAGCUGGUUUGAAUGGUUAUGGUACUGUAUCAGAGAGGACAACUCAUGGCGCAAGGGAGGAUCUCAUCCCAAGAUAUAUUCUGGAUAGAUUUGCUGCUCCAGCUGCUUAUGAGCAAUUAAGUCCUCAAGAGCGAAAUGUGACUUUGGGUAAUAGAGACUUAAAGAAUCCAGAUCGAAGUUAUGAUAGAUCUCUUGCAACUUCAUUGCCCGCACAAGGACAGGGAACAGCUUUUCCUCUAAAUAUUCCUUCGGAAAAGGUGUUGCCUGAAGAACGCCUUCAGGCUAUGUCCAUGUCAGCAAUUAAAGAAUUCUACAGUGCCAGAGAUGAGAAAGAAGUGGAAUUGUGCAUUAAAGAUUUGAAUUCCCCAAGCUUCCAUCCAUUGAUGGUAUCACUAUGGGUCACAGACUCUUUUGAGAGGAAGGACAUGGAACGGGAUGUUUUUGCGAAGCUUCUGGUUAAUCUUACGAAGUCUCAGGAUGGUGUCUUGAGUCAAGCCCAGCUCAUCAAAGGAUUUGAAUCUGUUCUGACUACGUUGGAGGAUGCUGUAAAUGAUGCCCCAAGAGCUCCGGAGUUUCUUGGUCGCAUAUUUGCCAAAGUCGUUACAGAAAAUGUGAUCCCUUUGAGAGAGAUUGGGAUGUUAAUACGUGAAGGAGGAGAGGAGGCAGGUCGUCUCCGAGACUUGGGGCUUGCAGGAGAUGUUCUUGGAAGCAUUUUGGAGAUGAUAAAAUCAGAGAAAGGUGAUUCUGUCUUGAGUGAAAUCCGUAGAAGCUCCAAUUUGCGUUUGGAGGAUUUUAGGCCUCUAGAUCCUAACAGAUCAAGAAAAUUAGAAAAAUUUAUUUAGAGGGGUAUUGGUGCUCAUUGUAUCUUGUUAGGCAGGAAAGAAAAGAAAUUACUCGCUAGUGCUUUUAGGCUACUUAUUAAUUUGCAAUGAAUUAUUUUUCUGUGGGUGGGUGGGGAUUUAUAUAUUGGCUUUUCCUUCUCCUUGUCUUAAAUAUUAUUCUUCAAAUGUUAACUGCAAUUAUGAAAGGUUCAAUUGAGCAUCAGAAAUUUUCGGUCUCCAA